AUCCAUUACUCAUUUUAAUGCAAUAAUUAUAAUAUUAAUAACAAAGCAUGCAGUAAUCGUUAAACUUCUCAUGUGAAAGAAACGCCGUCCAAGCAUGGCUCUCUACGAAUUCUGUUCCUGAAGAGCAUUUACCACAGCUUCUAAGAACUGCAUGCCAGUUUAUUUCUUGCAUUUCAUCGCCUGCAGGCGUCAUGCACUGGUUCGCAAUGCUGUGUUUCUUGUUGUUGCCGGUUACUCCAAACGCAUUUAUGAUCUCUUAUCUUCCGCCACAAAAUAAUAUCAUACUCAGUGAUGCUCUCAACCUGAAGCAAAAUAUCAUCAGUUCUUUAAACCACCAUAUUGUAAUAGAGCGGCUUAGCACAAAUCCCUCAGUGAAUUUAGCUUCAACGACCGAAACCACUCGUGAUAAUGCUUCUGAAAACGCCGAACUACAAAGAAUUGAAUUCGAAAACUCAACUACAAAUACGAACACCGACGCGACGUCCCCAGCCGAUCCAAGCGAUGUUGGUUGUGAGAAGAACCAGACGUUGGGCAUGAAAUGCACUCCGUAUAACAGCUCCAGCGAAGAGGUCUUGAAGUGUUCCGGAGAAGGUUUACUGCGAACCACUCUUCUGUUUGGAAUGUGUCUGACUAUGACAGUCAUCCUUGUAGGCGGGAUUGGCAAUGGAAUCACAAUUCUCAUACUUAUUCAUCAAAUGAUUCUAGGACAAAGACAGCAACAGAUUCGAACGACAGCAUCGUCGGUUCUUGUGCUAAACCUUGCCAUUGCUGACUUGUGCUACAGCGUCUUGUGUCUGCCCUUCGUCUUCUCAAUUUACCUCAUCAUAUUCAGAUCAGGUCUAGAUCUCGAAGCUCCGCUCUCACAUGGAUUUGAUACCAAGUGUCAGUUCUCGGCUUUCUUCCGCUACACGAACGCCAUCUCCGAGUGGACUACGAUCGGGCUUAUGGCUCUUGAAAGGUUCAUCACGAUCAGUCGAUAUGCUCGGUGGCAGAAAGGCGGCUACCGCUGGUUCACUCCCAAAAAGUCUGCGUGUUACUGCCUCAUGAUUUGGAUAGUGGGUGUCGGCUUGCAGCUGCCAACGCUUCUCGAGGCUGGCCCGUUUUUUGGAAAAUUCGGCUACAACACUGACACUGUAAAGUGCGACUUUGUCAGUGAUCAACCUGAAAAUUUCGGAAUGCGUGACGUCUUCUUUCUGAUGGAGGCUCCCGUUCCGUGUGUUCUGAUACUCGUGGGUUACAUCGCCAUCAUUGUACGCAUCAAAAGCAGUACUCGGUUCAUGAAGAAAUUUGGGACUACUGCGUGUCACAUGAAGAUCGCCAUGCGCAACAGCAAAACUACGGGUUUGUGCUUCAAACUGAUCUUCGUUUACCUCGUGUGCGUUGUCCCUGUAUGCGUGUGGAAUGGGGCGAUUCCCGAAGAUGAGCUUGGCAAACCGUGCAACCAAAUCUUGGGGAUCUACAUUUACUGUUUUUACUGGAUCCAGUAUGCAGCCAAUAAUUUUAUUUACGCCCGAUCGAUACCUCGGUACAGCAAAGCUGCCAAGCAAUUGUUGCACGCCGUGAUACCUUGCUAUUUUCGGCCAGAUGAACAUAGUUUCAAUCUGAAAAAGGCUCCGAAGAGGGAACUUGUAGUGAGUGUUAUUUCAAUGGAGAAGUGUCAUAACCAAGAUUCCGUCGUAAAAAUGUCUUCGUCUGUGAAGAACAGUGACGAAAUGACAAGCGAUUGCGAAUUUUCAUCUAACUAUUACAUUACACUAUUAUUCUCAUCGCCUUCACUUCGUGACGAAUGUGUCAAUGACUCACGCAUUUCGACUGGCUUCACUGAUGAUGACUCAACUCUGCAAAGUUACUUGAUGACAUGCCAACUACGCCCGAAACAUUCCGUCUACUCUGAAUGGUCCUUUACAGGCGACCGCCCGGGAUCUCGUCCAGGGAAUAACUCGCUCGUACCAACGCUUCCACGUCGCAAAAGAAGCUCUUCGGAUGCUGGACAGGUCGCUGACUCCGCUAGAAACUUCCAGCGGAAAAUUUCAUUUUGAAUGCCAUGAUUAAUAUUAUUCAUUACAUGCAUACUACCGAUAAAUGAAAAUAGUAUAAAAAAUUCUUCGCCACGUAAUAUUUGUCGACAAUUGAAAUUGAUUAACAUCCAUGUUGAAUUUCGUCUCGAUUUGCUGAAUUGUGAUGAUUUAAUCUCUGAAUGUGCAUGAAAUAUAAC